UCAAUCAAAAUAAAAUUAUCAAAUCUACUAUAAAGCAUAAAUAAGAUACAUGAAUAUACAUAAAUAUUAUAUCGAAUAUUAUGUUUAUAAUUUUUAUAUUAUUGUGUUUUUGAAUGGAAUUCGUUUAUAACAAUUGGCUUUUUUUUUUUUUCUGGUUCUGAUGUUGUUGCCGGUAAAGUUGGGAUUUUAAAGUAUUAGAUGAAUAAGUUUCUUGCUGGGGUUUAGUCGAUUAGUGUAGCAUUUGAUUGGGGAGGUCUGUCUUGGGAAGCUUGUAAUUAAGAUUAAAGGGAUAAAGGAGUCGUGCUGUUGAUUUUGUGUAGGUUUUCAGCCAUCUGGACAUUGGGACUGUUGUUGGGUUGUGUCCGUCGGCAUGGAUUCGGAGAGUGGAGAGAAAGAUGAGGGCCUCGGAAGCAGUGAUAUAUUCCUCAGAGCAGACCAGAUUGAUUUGAAGAGCUUAGAUACUGAAUUGGAGAAGCAACUGAGUGAGACAAAGAGAAAAGACACAGACGUCAUUGAAGGGCCCAAGGAGGAAUGGCAGAUCGAUCUAUCUAAGCUGGAGCUUCAUCGUGUUAUAGCUCAGGGGACAUACGGUACUGUGUAUCGAGGAACUUACGAUGGGAAGACUGUUGCAGUCAAAGUGUUGGACUGGGGAGAAGAAGAUGGCAUGGCCACAGAUGCCGAAACUGCUUCUCUUCGAGCUUCGUUUCGUCAGGAAGUUGCUGUUUGGCAUAAGCUUGACCAUCCAAACGUUACAAAGUUUGUGGGGGCAUCGAUGGGAACUACAGAUCUCAAGAUUCCACAAAAGGAUUCCACAAGCAGUGGCCACGCUUCUCUUCCGGCUCGAGUACGUUGUGUCGUCGUCGUCGAGUAUCUUGCCGGGGGAACACUGAAGCGAUACUUGAUCAGGAACAGCGAAAGAAAGCUUGCCUACAAAGACGUGGUUCGGCUUGCGUCGGAAGGAUUAAGCUAUCUGCAUUCGCAAAAGAUCGUGCAUCGUGAUGUCAAAACUGAGAACAUGCUAUUGGACGGCCGCGGAAACCUCAAAAUUGCUGAUUUUGGGGUUGCUCGAGUUGAGGCUCAGAAUCCCAAAGAUAUGACUGGCCAAACGGGUACUCUUUGGUACAUGGCGCCGGAGGUCCUUGAUGGUAAGCCUUACAAUAGAAAAUGUGACGUAUACAGCUUCGGCAUAUGCUUAUGGGAAAUCUACUGCUGUGACAUGCCAUAUCCUGAUCUGAGCUUCGCUGAAGGUUCUUCUGCUGUCGUUGGACAGAAUCUGAGACCUGAGAUCCCACGGUGUUGUCCGAGCGGUAUGGCAAGCAUCAUGCGCAAGUGCUGGGAUGCCAAUCCAGAUAAAAGACCUGAUAUGGAUGAGGUUGUAGGGCUUUUGGAGGCGCUGGACACGAGCAAAGGAGGUGGGAUGAUACCUGAAGAUGCGGCACACGGUUGCUGGUGCUUAAUCCCAAAACGCGGUCCGUAGGCACU